AUGCCUAAACUAAAUAAAGAUAUUAAAGCGUGUCAUUACUGCUGUACAAAGAAGAUCAAAUGUAGGCGAGAAUUGCAAACGCAGCCCUGCAAGAAAUCUCAAGAUUUAAAUAUCAAAUGUGAGACUCGAGAACAUAAUUUGAAAAUUACCAUCUCCAGAAGUUUAUUUGAAAAUCAAAAACAAGAAAUUGCCAUCUUGAAAGAAAAGCUUAAGAGUGCUGAAAAUGCUAGGACUUCAAUGACGGGUAGGGUCCAAGAAUUGGAAUCCUUAGGGAGAUCAACGAUACAAUCAGAUCCGACGGAUGAAUGUAAUCUGUUUGGCAUUGAAUUGACAUCGUCACUCCACUUCAAUCGAAACUUAUAUUCAUUAAUUACAGGAGUAAAAAAUGUAUGCACCACAAUCAUCUUCCUAGAACAUCUGACCCGUAUGACCUCCUUUUCGCAGGACGUUGUAUAA